CACUCCGUAAACCGGUACAGUCUUAUCAUAAUAGUUCAUGGACUCACACUGGGACCACGUCAACAGUCUCCUCGAGCAGGAUGGCGAGCUCAGAGAGAAAAUCAGAGAAGAAGUAGCGGAUCUGGACAAGAAGGCCCGCGAUAUGGCUGGGAUCCUCGAUAAAAUCCAUUCUACUCCAUCUAACUCAAUUAACCCGUUACUCGAUGCCGUGCGUCCAAUCUUGCAUAGUUGCCACGAGCCAUUUGCUGCUCUUGCUGCCAUAGUCCCUCCCAAUCAAUUCUGGCGCUGGAAAGAUAUGUGGUCGCAUUCACUCAGAACAGUGGUUUAUGCUGCAGCUCUCGUGGAGUACCUCGCGAAUAGAUCUCUAAUUUCACUUGAGCAAACUAGCGAAACACUUGGAAUAAAGGAAGAGUGGAAGGAUAGAUUUUGUAUAGCAGUCGAGGACUAUCUCCAUGGGCUGAUUACUAUGGUCAAUGAAUUGUCACGGUUGGCAGUCAACUCAGUGACUCUAGGGGAUUAUGAAGCACCCAUCCAAAUUUCAUUCUUUGCCAAAAACCUGUUCGCCGGAUUCACCAAGCUGAACUUGAAAAAUGACAUGCUACGUCGGCGUUUUGACAGCUUGAAGUAUGACUUGAAAAAGAUAGAGGAGGUGGUUUACGAUGUAAAGCUGCGGAAGCUAACUACACCGAGGACAUAAGGUUGCUGUAACUGAACACAAGGAUCUACUUUUUACAUGUACUGCUUCGUGCGCUGUAGAUUAGAACUUGGUUGUAUUUGUCAACAUUGCUAUUCGGAGACAAUGUAACGGCUG